UCAUCUUAACAGAGCAAUCAGAUCAUUCCCAUUUCACAUCCAGUAGUCUCAUCUGAUUUCUCACUCAUUUUUUCCUCCGCCUACGGAUUACACCCCCUUAACUCUCUCUCCCCAAUGGAAAUCGAUUCUCUCCCCAACGGAACGGCCAACGCCGUUGUGGAAACUCCGGUACCUACAACUACCGCGACGACGACGAUUCAUUCGUCGAAACUCAGCCAACUAACGGAGUCGUUGAAGCUGGAGCACCAGCUCCUUCGUGUCCCCUUCGAGCACUACAAGAAGACUAUCCGGGCUAACCACCGAGCCGUCGAGAAAGAGGUAUCCUCUGUAAUUUCUGGCGUCUCUGAUGUCGUCGAAUCAGAGUUAUCCAAGGACGACGCCGUUUCGCACCUCACUAAUCUCGUCUCUCGUUUGCAAGGUCUCAAAAGAAAGUUGGAAGAGGGAAGCCGUUUGGAGAACUUGCAAGCACAGAGGUGUCGGGCUCGGCUUGAUCACUUGGAAUCAGCAGAUGCAGAAAAUUUGUCAGAAUGGAGUGACACAAGAUUGAAGCGGAUUCUUGUAGACUACAUGUUGCGAAUGUCAUAUUAUGACACUGCCACAACUCUUGCAACGGGCAGUGAUAUACAGGAUCUUGUUGACAUUGAUAUUUUUCAAGAAGCGAAGAAAGUUAUCGAUGCACUUAGAAAUAAAGAGGUAGCGCCUGCCUUAGCAUGGUGUGCUGAUAACAAAUCACGAUUGAAGAAGUCUAAGCAAAUUGAAUUCCAGUUGAGAUUGCAAGAGUUCAUCGAGUUGGUCAGAGUUGAUUCAGCUGACAGUUUCAAGCGUGCAAUAUAUGCACGGAAAUACCUUGCCCCAUGGGGAACAACCCAUAUGAAAGAAUUGCAGCAUGUCCUGGCAACUUUGGCAUUUCGAAGUAAUACUGAGUGCACAAAAUACAAGGUUUUGUUUGAACCAAAACAAUGGGACUUCCUGGUGGACCAAUUUAAACAGGAAUUCUGCAAGCUAUAUGGCAUGACACUGGAGCCAUUGCUGAAUAUUUACUUGCAGGCAGGCUUAUCUGCUUUGAAAACUCCAUACUGUUACGAAGAUGAUUGUACCAAGGAAGAUCCGCUGUCACAAGAGAGCUUCAGAAAGCUGGCAAUGCCUUUGCCAUUCUCGAAGCAGCACCACUCAAAGCUUGUCUGCUAUAUAACUAAAGAGCUAAUGGACACAGAGAAUCCACCGCAAGUCUUGCCGAAUGGUUAUGUUUACAGUACAAAGGCUCUCAAGGAAAUGGCAAAGAAAAAUGAAGGGAAAAUAACGUGCCCAAGGACUGGUUUAGUCUGUAACUACUCUGAUCUAGUGAAGGCAUACAUAUCAUAAGUCUCCUGCUGUUUUUCUCCUACUACACCUGUCAUUUGUGUAUAUCCUGGCAAGCAAUCUGCAAAAUACUUGUCUACCUCGGUAAUUCUUCUUGCUGAAUUCCUGACUGGCAUGGAAGACUUACCUCAUGUAUAUACCAUGAACAACGUUACAAUUUCUGCUUUGUGUCAGUUGAUUGUGAAUUCUGUUAAUUUUAGCCAAAGUGGAAGUAAAAGUGAAUUUUCACUCAAUCUUAUUCGUUAAAGCAUGACAACGA